AUGAAAGCAAGUGGAUAUUGGAAUUCAUUAGUACAAUUUGAUGAAUUAUUAACUUCAGCAACUGUCAACAAAUUUUGCAAGGAUUUAAAAGGAUUGGAUAUGAAAUCUGUUGUAUUUUUAUUAAUUUAUUUUGGAAAUGAAAGAAUUUGUCAUGAAAAUAUUUUGGAACCUCUGUGCAGACGAAUAGAAGAAUUUAUUCCUCUAAAUGAUCCAAUUCUUGUCAGUAAUAUCUUACAAUCAUUACUACGACUUGGUUGGUAUGACGCACGUCUAGUCACUAAAUUAAAACAUGAAAUAUUAGAGUUUCGGGAUGACAUUUAUUCACUUCAGUUUCCUCUUGCAUUGCUUGGUAUGUUUUUUAUUUAA